AUGUCGAACGCUUUAUCUUUCACACUCCCCGCUCUAAACAACCCUCAGAUAAACGCUUUCAACAACCCUAACAAAACGCGCUUGCUUCUGAGAAGCAGGGCUGCAAGAUGCUUGACCUCUAUCGUAGAGAAGAAAAGACUGUUUGGAGCACCGGUGCGGUCGAGUGGGUUGGACCGGAUCCGGUUGCUGCAAUCAGGGCGGUUGCCCAAAUGGAGGGUAGCUGUCAGGUCUGCAUUCUCUGCCGUGCCGGAGAAGCCGCUGGGGCUGUAUGAUCCGGCGAUGGACAAGGACUCGUGCGGGGUGGGGUUUGUGGCGGAGUUGUCGGCCGAGUGUAGCCGCAAAACGGUAACCGACGCGCUGGAAAUGUUGGUGAGGAUGACGCACAGAGGUGCUUGUGGAUGCGAACCCAACACUGGAGAUGGUGCAGGCAUUCUAGUUGCUCUGCCUCAUGUCUUUUACCAGGAGGUUGUGGAAUUUGAGCUUCCUCCCCAGGGAAAAUAUGGAGUUGGCAUGUUUUUCUUGCCAAAGUCUGAAAAUCGAAGGGAGGAAAGCAAAAAAUUAUUUGGCAAGGUUGCUGAAUCUCUGGGGCACACUGUUCUUGGUUGGCGGUCUGUGCCCACUGAUAACACAGGAUUGGGCAAAUCAGCCCUGCAGACUGAACCAGUGAUUGAACAGGUGUUUCUUACGCCAAGUGCUCAAUCAAAAGUUGAUUUGGAAAGACAGAUGUACAUAUUAAGGAAGCUCAGCAUGGCAGCUAUUGCAUCUGCAUUAAACCUCCAAAAUGAUGGCAUUACUGAUUUCUAUAUCUGUUCACUUUCAUCAAGGACUGUUGUUUACAAAGGUCAGCUAACACCAGCUCAGUUGAAGGAUUAUUAUUUUGCUGAUCUUGGCAAUGAAAGGUUUACGAGCUACAUGGCCCUGAUACAUUCACGGUUUUCUACAAAUACUUUUCCUAGCUGGGAUCGUGCUCAACCGAUGCGCGUAUUAGGACACAAUGGGGAAAUCAACACACUCAGAGGCAAUGUUAAUUGGAUGAAGGCACGUGAGGGUUUACUAAAGUGCAAGGAGCUUGGUUUACCAGAGAAUGAAUUAAAGAAGCUUUUGCCCAUAGUGGAUGCAUGUUCAUCGGAUUCAGGAGCUUUUGAUGGUGUGCUUGAAUUUUUGCUUCAUUCAGGAAAAAGUCUUCCUGAAGCUGUUAUGAUGAUGAUUCCUGAAGCAUGGCAAAAUGACAAGAACAUGGAUUCUCAGCGUAAAGCAUUUUAUGAAUAUUUCUCAGCUCUCAUGGAGCCAUGGGAUGGGCCAGCUCUUAUAUCAUUUACCGAUGGUCACUACCUUGGAGCUACUUUGGAUAGGAAUGGACUGCGACCAGGCCGUUUCUAUGUCACCCAUAGUGGACGAGUUAUAAUGGCAAGUGAAGUUGGGGUUGUAGACAUUCCACCAGAAGAUGUGUGUAGGAAAGGUAGACUAAAUCCUGGCAUGAUGCUUCUGGUUGAUUUUGAGAAGCAUGAAGUUGUAAAUGAUGAUGCCUUAAAAGAGCAGUACUCAUUGGCAAGACCCUAUGAGGAUUGGCUCAAAAAUCAGAAAAUUGAACUUAAAGACAUCGUUGACUCUGUUCCUAAAUCUGAAAGAGUACCACCACCUAUAGCAGGAGUGGCUCCACUAGACAAUGAUGAUGUGGAUAUGGAAAAUAUUGGCAUUCAUGGCUUAGUGGCUCCAUUGAAAGCUUUUGGAUAUUCAGUUGAAUCACUGGAAAUGCUAUUACUUCCUAUGGCCAAGGAUGGUGUAGAAGCCCUUGGGUCAAUGGGAAAUGAUACACCACUAGCUGUCAUGUCUAAUAGAGAAAAACUCACUUUUGAAUAUUUCAAGCAAAUGUUUGCUCAAGUUACAAACCCUCCUAUUGAUCCUAUUAGAGAGAAAAUAGUCACUUCUAUGCAAUGUAUGGUUGGUCCAGAGGGCGAUCUGACAGAAAUCACUGAGGAGCAAUGCCACCGCCUUUCCCUCAAAGGUCCCCUUUUAUCCACUGAAGAAAUGGAAGCCAUAAAAAAUAUGAAUUAUAGGGGAUGGCGCAGCAAAGUUAUAGACACAACGUACGCAAAGGAGCGUGGUCAGAGAGGGUUGGGGGAAGCCUUGGACAGGAUAUGUGAGGAAGCACAUGAUGCAAUUAAUGAAGGCUAUACCACACUUGUGCUGUCUGAUAGAGCCUUCUCAAGGAAACGUGUUGCUGUGAGCUCCCUCCUGGCUGUUGGUGCUGUCCAUCAACACCUAGUUAAAACACUUGAGCGCACUAGAGUUGCCUUAAUAGUUGAAUCUGCUGAGCCACGUGAAGUGCAUCAUUUCUGCACACUUGUUGGUUUUGGUGCUGAUGCUAUAUGCCCAUAUUUGGCUCUGGAGGCAAUUUGGCGACUGCAAGUUGAUGGAAAGAUCCCACCAAAAGCAAGUGGUGAGUUCCACUCAAAAGAAGAGUUGGUCAAGAAGUAUUUCAAAGCAAGCAACUAUGGAAUGAUGAAGGUUCUUGCCAAGAUGGGAAUAUCAACUUUGGCAUCAUACAAAGGUGCUCAGAUUUUUGAAGCUCUGGGUCUUUCAUCGGAAGUGAUUGAAAAGUGCUUCGCUGGAACUCCAAGUCGAGUUGAGGGUGCAACAUUCGAGACACUUGCUCGUGAUGCUUUACAACUGCAUGAGUUGGCUUUUCCUUCCCGUUUUUUCUCUCCUGGAAGUGCAGAAGCUGUAACUUUACCAAAUCCUGGUGAUUAUCACUGGAGAAAGGGUGGUGAAGUUCACCUGAAUGAUCCUCUUGCUAUAGCAAAUCUUCAAGAGGCUGCCAGAACUAACAGUGUAGAUGCAUAUAAACAGUAUUCCAAGCUCAUUCAUGAAUUGAACAAGGCUUGCAAUUUGCGUGGACUUCUGAAAUUUAAAGAGGCGACUGUUAAAAUUCCUAUUGAUGAAGUGGAGCCUGCUAGCGAAAUAGUAAAACGGUUUUGCACUGGGGCCAUGAGUUAUGGGUCAAUAUCAUUGGAGGCACACACAACAUUAGCAAUGGCUAUGAAUAAAAUUGGAGGGAAAUCUAAUACAGGUGAGGGAGGCGAGCAACCAUCUCGUAUGGAGCCUCUUCCUAAUGGCACAAUGAAUCCCAAAAGAAGUGCCAUUAAGCAAGUGGCUAGUGGGAGAUUUGGAGUUUCAAGUUACUACCUUACAAAUGCUGAUGAACUGCAGAUAAAAAUGGCCCAGGGAGCAAAACCUGGUGAGGGAGGUGAACUUCCUGGGCACAAGGUUAUAGGAGACAUUGCGGUUACUAGGAAUUCAACUGCCGGAGUAGGACUUAUCAGUCCACCUCCCCAUCAUGAUAUUUAUUCAAUUGAAGACCUUGCCCAACUAAUUCAUGAUCUUAAGAAUGCCAAUCCAUCUGCUCGGAUUAGCGUGAAGUUGGUAUCUGAAGCAGGAGUGGGGAUAAUUGCUAGUGGAGUUGUUAAAGGCCAUGCCGACCAUGUGUUGAUCUCGGGUCAUGAUGGAGGUACUGGGGCAUCUAGAUGGACUGGCAUAAAGAAUGCUGGGCUGCCUUGGGAACUUGGCCUGGCUGAGACCCACCAGACUUUGGUUGCUAAUGAUCUACGUGGUCGCACAGUCCUCCAAACGGAUGGGCAACUAAAAACUGGGAGAGAUGUGGCCAUCGCUACUCUGCUUGGUGCAGAAGAGUUUGGUUUCAGUACUGCUCCGCUCAUCACUCUCGGCUGCAUCAUGAUGCGGAAGUGCCACAAGAACACUUGUCCAGUCGGCAUUGCUACUCAAGAUCCAGUACUCAGAGAAAAGUUUGCUGGAGAACCCGAGCAUGUUAUCAACUUCUUUUUUAUGGUGGCAGAAGAAAUGAGAGAAAUUAUGUCCCAGCUUGGGUUUAGGACAGUUAAUGAGAUGGUUGGUCGAUCUGAUAUGCUUGAAGUUGAUAAGGAAGUCAUUAAGAGCAAUCAGAAACUAGAGAACAUUGACCUCUCUCUAGUGCUUAGACCUGCUGCUGAAUUGCGUCCAGAAGCUGCUCAAUAUUGUGUGCAAAAACAGGAUCAUGGUUUGGACAUUGCCCUGGAUAACAAGCUCAUAAGUCUGUCCAAUGCUGCUUUGGAAAAGGGUCUCCCUGUAUACAUUGAGACUCCAAUCUGUAAUGUAAACCGUGCCGUGGGAACUAUGCUUAGCCAUGAGGUGACUAAACGGUACCACCUAGGUGGUCUUCCAAACGACACCAUUCAUAUCAGAUUUACUGGCAGUGCAGGCCAGAGCUUUGGUGCAUUCCUCUGUCCUGGUAUCACUUUGGAACUUGAAGGUGAUAGUAAUGAUUAUGUCGGUAAAGGGUUAUCCGGUGGCAAGAUUGUAGUGUAUCCUCCAAAAGGAAGUAAUUUUGACCCUAAGGAGAACAUUGUGAUUGGUAAUGUGGCAUUAUAUGGGGCUACUCAAGGUGAAGCUUACUUCAAUGGGAUGGCAGCAGAAAGAUUUUGUGUUCGUAAUUCUGGGGCUAAGGCUGUUGUGGAAGGUGUUGGUGAUCAUGGGUGUGAGUACAUGACUGGCGGGACCGUUGUUGUGCUUGGGGAAACUGGUAGAAAUUUUGCUGCAGGUAUGAGUGGCGGGAUUGCUUAUGUUCUUGAUUUGUAUGGAAAAUUCCAAUCUCGAUGCAACUUGGAACUAGUAGAUCUGGAUAAGGUUGAAGAGGAAGAGGACAUUUUCACACUUAGGAUGUUGAUACAGCAGCAUCAGCGUCACACAAAUAGUCUGCUUGCCAAAGAAGUGCUUGAUGAUUUUGAGAAUCUUCUUCCUAAAUUUAUCAAGGUGUUCCCUCGGGAAUAUAAACGUGUUCUUGCAAGUAUGAAGUCCGAGGAACUGUCCAAAGAUGCCAUGGUGGAUGCAGCAAAGGAUGAACAAGAGCAAGAUGACGAAGCACAAGCAGUAGAGAAGGAUGCUUUUGAAGAACUCAAGAAACUGGCAACUGCAUCUUUGAAUGAGAAACAGAGUCAGGCUGAGACACCCAAGAGGCCUAGCCGAGCCACUGAUGCCAUUAAACAUAGAGGUUUUAUUGCUUAUGAGCGCGAGGGUGUUCAGUAUAGGGAUCCUAAUGUUCGCAUGGCUGAUUGGAAGGAAGUGAUGGAGGAGACAAAGCCUGGUCCCCUUCUGAAAACACAGUCAGCCCGUUGCAUGGACUGUGGUACCCCUUUCUGUCAUCAGGAAAAUUCUGGAUGCCCUCUUGGAAAUAAAAUACCAGAAUUUAACGAGUUAGUAUACCAAAAUAGGUGGAAGGAAGCAUUAGAGAGGCUUCUUGAAACAAAUAACUUUCCGGAAUUUACUGGUCGGGUGUGCCCAGCACCUUGUGAAGGUUCUUGUGUGCUUGGUAUUAUUGAGAAUCCCGUAUCUAUUAAAAGCAUUGAAUGUGCCAUCAUAGACAAGGCUUUUGAGGAGGGAUGGAUGGUGCCACGACCUCCAGUCAAGAGAACUGGGAAAAGAGUAGCCAUCGUUGGAAGUGGACCAGCUGGUUUGGCAGCUGCUGAUCAGCUAAAUAAAAUGGGUCAUACGGUGACAGUGUAUGAAAGAGCUGAUAGGAUUGGAGGGCUUAUGAUGUAUGGGGUCCCCAACAUGAAAACUGACAAAGUGGAUGUAGUUCAACGACGAGUGAACCUUAUGGCCGAGGAGGGAAUAGAUUUUGUGGUGAAUGCUAAUGUUGGAAAUGAUCCUCUGUACUCUCUUGAUCGGCUUCGAGAGGAAAAUGAUGCCAUUGUUUUGGCUGUUGGAUCUACAAAACCUAGGGAUCUUCCUGUACCUGGUCGAGAGAUGUCAGGAGUUCAUUUUGCCAUGGAGUUUCUCCAUGCAAAUACUAAAAGCUUGCUUGAUAGUAAUCUCGAGGAUGGUAACUACAUUUCAGCCAAGGGAAAGAAAGUUGUGGUCAUUGGUGGAGGUGACACUGGCACAGAUUGCAUAGGAACAUCCAUUCGUCAUGGUUGUAGUAGCAUUGUAAAUCUUGAACUCCUUCCUCAACCACCACCAACUAGGGCUUCCGGCAACCCAUGGCCUCAGUGGCCUCGCAUAUUCCGAGUGGAUUACGGUCACCAAGAGGCUGCAGCCAAAUUUGGCAAAGAUCCAAGAUCGUACGAGGUUCUGACUAAGAGGUUCGUCGGAGAUGAAAAUGGAGUUGUGAAAGGACUUGAAGUAAUUAGCGUCCGCUGGGAAAAGGAUGAAACUGGCAAGUUUCAGUUUAAGGAAAUCGAGGGUUCGGAGGAGAUUAUUGAGGCUGACCUAGUUUUACUAGCCAUGGGAUUCCUUGGUCCCGAGCCUACAACUGCAGAGAAGUUGGGUGUGGAGAGGGACAACAGAUCAAACUUCAAGGCUGAUUAUGGCGGCUUCUCAACUAAUGUGAAAGGGGUGUUUGCAGCAGGUGAUUGUCGCCGGGGUCAGUCCCUGGUGGUCUGGGCCAUUUCAGAGGGACGACAAGCAGCGGCACGGGUGGACAAUUACCUCAUCAAAGAAGAUGAAGAAUACAGGAACCAGGAUGGGCUUGUCAAGAGGCAGCGGGGCCUCAACAAGAAGCAGCAGGGCGGCAGCAAACACACAGUGAUGACUUAG